CUUGCGCGGUUGUUCAACACCCCAUAGCGCAGAACAGUUACCGUACGGCUCUAGCAAAGAUCUCCCUGCAGUGAACUUUUGGGGCGGUUUCAUAGGUUCGGUGAGAAGAGGGCUAAUCGAGCAAGGUGCUUCGGGAGGCGUAUGCUUAUUUUGCUGAAUUUCCAGGCAGGUCAGCGCAUUUCAGAAGGUUCCGUUCCUUCAGAGUGAUACGUAUUCCAGUCGAUAUUCCUGUAUUUGCUUGUUAUGACCUCAAAAUUUUGAUCGGGAUUUUCAUUUACGAAUUUCGGUUUUCAUGUUAGGAUGAUGGUGCGAUGAAACGGGAUAGAGACUCCGAUAGACGAGAAGUCAUGAAGAAGUUUACUUUUAAAGGCGUUUUGGACAAUUUUCGCACUUCUGUUGCCCAACAAAGUAGGCCUGACCAGGAAAUCCAGGAAACUCUUCGUCCAGAACAUUUUCAAGUUAAAAGGACUUUCCGGCAUGGCUUUCCAUUUCAACCGACGUCGAUGGCCUUUGAUCCUGUCCAGAAACUCCUAGCGAUUGGAUCAAAAUGUGGCUCUCUAAGAAUAUUAGGGCAACCAGGCGUCGACAUCCACGUCCGCCACGACAUGGAAGGUCCCCCAGGGUCUGCAGCAGUCCUCCAUCUCCAGUUCCUGGUCAACGAAGGGGCGCUCUUAUCUGCCACCGCCGACGACACCCUUCAUCUGUGGAACUUCCGACAGAAGGUGCCCCAGGUGGUGCAGAGCCUCAAGUUUCAGAAGGAGAAGAUAACCUGCGUGCAUCUGCCGUUGCAAUCUAAAUGGAUCUACGUGGGCACGGAGAAGGGGAACGUCCACGUGGUGCAAAUAGAAAAUUUCCAUUUAUCUGGCUACGUCAUAAACUGGAACAAGGCCAUCGAGGCGACGAGGAAGACGAGGCCUGGGUCCAUAGUUCAUCUCAGCGACAAUCCUUUGGACGCCAGUAAGCUGUUGAUUGGCUUCGAGUCCGGACUCGUGGUCCUGUGGGAUCUGAGAAGCAAGGUCCCGGAGAUGCGAUGGAGCACGUACGAGCUCAGGUCGAUCACGUGGCAUCACGAGGGGAAGCAGUUCAUGUGCUCGCACACAGACGGAACCUUAACCACGUGGAGUCUGCGAUCGAACAUCAAAUAUACCCAUAUAUCCCAACCCCUAGCUAAAAUCAAAGACGGAAAGGCAGAACCUUGCAAACCGAUCAACAAGGUGGAAUGGAAGACUUCCAAAACAGGAGAAGCUUUUGUGAUUUUCUCUGGAGGAACCCCCAAAGACCAAGCGGGAAAGACGCCCUGUAUAACCGUCGUUCACAACAAGACCACCACCGUUUUGGAAAUGGAACACACUGUAAUCGAUUUCAUCACGCUCUGUGAGUCGCCAUAUCCCAGUGAUCUGCAGGACCCCUACGCCAUAAUAGCCCUACUCCAGAACGACCUGGUGGUGAUGGACCUUCAGACCCCUGGAUUCCCACCACUGGAGAACCCUUAUCCCAUGGACAUCCACGAAUCGACAGUGACUAGCUGUACAUUCCUAGCCGACUGUCCAGCCGAUCUUAUACCAGCAUUCUACCUACUGGGAAGGGCGGGAUCAGGCAAAAAACAGGGCUUCUCAGAAAUGAGCUGGCCCAUAGGGGGCGGCACUUGGUCAGCGCAGUCUUGCAGCUACAGCGAGGUCAUACUCACCGGGCAUUCGGACGGCACCAUAAAAUUUUGGGACUCGAGUGCAGGUGCCCUUCAAGUGUUGUACAAACUAAAGACGUCCAAGGUCUUCGAGAAGCCCAAGGCCAGGUCUAUGGACAGCGAGGACGAACCUUUCGCGAUAGAACUUAUAUCUUUGUGUGCGGAAUCUAGAAAGCUGUGUGUUGCUGGAGCUUCCAGUCAUGUGAUCCUAUUCACCUUUAAGAAGACGGAGACGAACGAGGAAAUAACGACCUUGGAAAUACCGAUUGUGUAUGAAGUCCCAGAUGAGGGUGAAACGUCACCGGACUGUCAAUUUUCGGGACCUGGAAGCGCAGGAUCUGGAAAUAAACUAGACAUUCUGGAUGUAGACAAUAAAAAAGAUAACUGUACCCUCAAAGUUAGGCCUGGUGUACAAAGGAAACCUCCUGGAUUUCAAGCCCAAAUGGUAUGCCUAACACCUUGGAAUAAUGGGGAACCCCCUAGUCAUAUAACGGCACUCACCAUCAAUAGUUGCUAUGGGCUUAUGGCUUAUGGAAACGAAGCAGGAAUUGUGAUAGUAGAUAUAGAACAGAAAGUUUGCCUUCUGAACAUCGGCAGUCCGGACCUGUACGGUGCCCAAGACCCCUACUCCAGGGUGCCCAGGAGCCCCAAGAGAAACCACUGCGGGGACACUCUACCGGUGAACAUCGACAGAGAAGAAAGACAACCACGCAGUCCAAGUAUAGACCAGAUGGGACGGUCCCCGGAAUAUCCCCAAUCCUCAUGCCCAUGCCCCACCCCUGUUGAACAGGCCUGCGAGGCCCUCGAAGAGGAAGUGGUCCAGCCUCCGCCAGCGGCCACAAGAAGGAAAUCCUCCAGCUGGCGCACGUUCAAUUUCAAACGGCAAUUGUCCAGAGUCGACGUGAUGAUGAAGAAGAACAAUUCGCUGAAAGAGAAGCGAAACUCUGUGUUUCACUGCGACGUAUAUCCGAACCACCACGAGGAGGUGAAACUGUCCCCUGAUUCAGACGAGAACACUCUAGUGGAUAGCCAGGGCACUAUAACUGUGCCUAGGAACACAGACGACAGUUUCGAGUACCUAUCGGACUCACAGAUGUCGCCAGUGGAUGGAGACGCUUUAGUCGGGUCUCCUGAAGAUGAUAACAAAAAGGUCGGACAGAGACCGGACAACUUAGACUUGGAGGAAGACGAUGUCCCGGUCAGACCACCCAGGGGACAGAAGAAAAGAACGGAUUGUGGCGACCAGAGACUUUUAUCUGUGCCCAACGUUAAGCUCCAACGGGCCGACGUAGCCGUUAGAGACCUGAGGGACAAGGAUGAUGUGCUUGUCAGCCCGCAACCCACCUUUACUGGAAACCUGAUGAGACGUUUCAAUGACCUCCUUGGCUGUGUCGCCCAUUGCACCGACCACUGUCGUUGUCUGACCCCGUGUCGGAGUAGUGUAAGUACUGGGUUUCGUGGACAGAUGAACGGGAUGACCAGCCCGGCCUCAGGCCAUCCGAGCGUCAGCGGCGCCAGCAGCAGUGGGGCCAGGGGGCGACCCGACCCACCCCGUCGUUCUAGAUCGCAAGGUACUCGCAAACUUCACAAGUGCCUGUCGACGGCUAGCUACUCGGAGGACUGUGUCAGCCACAACCCAAGCACUGCCCCGGGUACACAGCGGCAGCAGCUGAUGGUUGCCCGUCAAUAUUGCAGUUUUGAUAAAUUGGACAACUCCUUCUCAAGAUCAAGAUCAAGUUCCAUGAGUUCUCUAGAAAAUAUUACUUCAGAAGCUAUUCAAGUAUUGGCAUUCACCGAUUCUUUCACCAAAAGAUCUGAUCCACUGUCUUUGGUACCUUCGUUAUGGGUAGGUACCAGUCUGGGAUCGGUCCUUGCCAUCACCAUUAUUCCUCCCGAUGCAGACAGUAGAUCCUCUCAACCGGUUGUGGUAUCUUUGAUGGGUACAACGAUAUUCAGGCUUAAGGGUGGCAUUAUAGGUCUGUCUUUUCUGGACUGUAAUGGGUCCUUGUUACCCUUUCCAUAUGAAUCGUGGAGAGAUGAUAAUAAGGAAAAAAGAGAAAGAACACCAACUCGUAGUCAAGGUUCAGUAAGAAUGAGUCCAACUUUAAGCGAGAGCAAGGGAGAUCCAGUGGGCGAUCGUCAAUUCGUCAUUAUCACUAGCGAAAAGCAAGCUAGAGUCGUAGCAUUACCUUCGCAAACUUGUAUUUACAGACAACAAAUCACUGAUGGCGAUUUUGUAGUUAAAGCGGAAACUAUUACCUUUAAAGAUAGUGUUUGUUUGAUAUGUUAUAUUUCAAAUGGCCAUCUUGCCACAUAUAGUUUACCGAGCUUAAGGCCAUUGAUGGAUAUUGACUUUUUGCCGUUGUCAGAACUAAGUUUCCAGACACAAACUAACAAAGGCAUAGUAGACCCAAUGUUGUCAAUUUGGGGCCAACAACUAAUAGUUAACGAGGAUACUGACCAGAUCGCUAGGACUUUUUGCUUCAGUAAUAGAGGGCACGGUUUAUACUUAGCAACUCCAUCGGAACUUCAAAAAUUCACUAUUUGUACCGAAUUUUGCUCAACUUUCAAUGAUAUGAUUGGUGAACUAUUUCUGCCAAUGGAUAUGCCUGAACCACCCAAGGAGGGAUUUUUCAAAGGUCUUUUCGGAGGAGGAGUGAGACAGUUGGACAGGGAGGAGCUAUUUGGAGAAUCCAGUGGAAAGGCUAACAAAUCUGUGGCAAAACAUAUACCUGGCAGUAACCUACAAGACAUGGGUGGCAGGGUUACCUGCGCAACCGGCGAGGUCAACAGGGCCCAUAAGCUAAUGUUAGAGAGGGGUGAGCGGUUGAACCGCCUUGAAGAGAGCGCAGAGAGAAUGCGCAACGAAGCAGAGAACUUCUCCUCUUCUGCACACGAGGUGAUGCUCAAAUACAGGGAUAAGAAAUGGUACCAAUUGUGAACGGUUCUCACCUGUAUAUUUCCCCAGUCUAGUCUGAAUGUACACUUAGUAGUCAAUGAAUACCGCCUGACGACUAGUUUUCGCCAGAAUUUGCAGAAGGAAGGGUGCGGUGCGAUAUAUACAUAUAUCAAACUAUUCCUCCAAACUAGAAACAAUUUUAUGGGAUCUAAUUUUUAAUCUCUCAUUCGCCAAACAAUCACGAAAUGCUAUAAUCUGAUCUGAUUGCUUGGAAACAACAGUUCAACGUGAUUGGAUUCCUUCCACCAAAAGAACCUAACCUAACUUAACCUCAUUUUAUGUCGGCGGCCAUUUUGUAACAAUGCUCAUACAUGACUGGUUCUAGCAGUGGUUGUGAAAUGACUUUUUGGUGAGUUUCUAUGUUUUAUUAUUCCAGUUUUGAUGACACGUUGACAGUGUUUGAUUUCCAAAGAGACUACAUUGUUGGAAUAUUUGAUUUGCCUGCACAUCUUCAUAUUUUUACUCCACUAUUCGGUUUUAUAAAGGGAUUAGACCUCCUUAAUAUGUAAUAGGCAAGAAAUAUAUAGAAAAAAAUUGCUUUCUGACGGCUAUAUCCUACUCUUUCUCACUUCUUAUUUUCUUCAGAAAAAAUGUUACUAUAUCCUUUGUUUAAUCUUCACUUGAAUUCCUCAUAAGACUUAUUAAUAAUUAAAAAAAAAUCUUCCCAUCCACUAGAUAAGAUCUUCAAUCACUUUUUCAAAUUGAAGACUUGUAUAACGAAAUACAUUGAAACGGAGAUUAAUUUAAUCAGCUAGUGUCAAUUGUUUUUUGGCGAAAACUAGUGGAUUGGGCAUUAUUGUAAAAUUGAUCUUAACAUGAAAUGUGAUACUCUAAUCGGUAUUGAGAAAGAGAUGAAAUUUCUAUUUUAGACUUUUGUCGUCACUGUUUAACAGAGCACAGUUUUCUGCACUUGAACCUGAUGAAGUACCACACGUACUUUGUUGUUCCCCUCCUGUAUUCGACUGCAGUCUCUCUGAUAUAUUCUAAAAGAUGAGUAUCUGAAAAAACUUGUUAUGAUCUGAGGAUAUUGUUAAUUCGAAGUGGAUUAAGAUGCAGAAAUAUUCAAAUAUUCUAUAUAAAGCCUUCCCAGCAAAGAUCAAACAAUUACUUGAGCAUGCUCUUAUCAUUGCUGCAUAGAUAUGAGAAUUAUACAUUUCGAAUUCCUGUAAAUUAGAAUAUAGACAUCAACAAAUGACUUUAAACUGUUAACCUCUCAAUUGAGCUACACAAUUGAUUUUGUACUUUUCUAGAUUCAUCUUUAGUUUUCAAUGGAUACUUUUGAUUUAUAUUUUUCUAGUAUUAACGAUAUAUGUAAAUAAGACCCAUAAUUGUGAACGGGUCAUAUAGUUGAUGUAAAUAUAUAAUAUAUUUCUUUUUGUAAAGAAAAAUAUUGGAAGACAAUAAGCUCUAUAAUUUUACUCUAAUUUAUAUCGGUUUCAACUGAAUUCUGCUGCGAAAAUAUUUUUCGCUUAUCAAGGCUGGCCUUGAAUGGAAAUCAAUAGCUUGCACUUUGAAUUCUGAUAAGAUGCAAGUAGAAAAAUUGAUUACAGAAUAUUUUUCUCUUUAGGGCUUCUUCAAUAUUUCUGCAUGUUUCAUGCGUGACAUUUUUCAUUUAAAGAUUCAACUCUAGAAUUCAGUUGUUAUCCAAAAGUAAUUGUGAAUUAGUUAGUAAAUAAUUAAUUUCAAGUGUCUUCCUCCUUAUUUUUCCUAUAUACAUCUUGUUAAAUAUCAACUCUUGAACAAUAUCUAAUUUUAUUCUGCAAGUAAGUGGAAUAGAACAUACUGUUGAUGUGGUCCAAAUUCGAGUAACGUUUUAUAUUGAUUCAAAGUCUCCUCAAGUAUGUGAGAAGUGACAGAAAUGACUGCACUUUCAGAACUAAAAUUGUACGAUUAAAAGAAUAAAGGCCUAAUCACUUGGGAAUAAAAUUAGGUAAUGAAAAGUAAAAACCAAAUGAAUUGUAUAAAAUCCGUAGGAUUAGAACAAUGUUAACGUAGAAUAUUUGAUAUAUACUUAAUAAUGAAGAACAAAAUGUUCUGUGCGUAAUAUAACAAUAAUUACGAAUUUGUAAAUUUAACGAGCUGGACUCUACAUUUUUCGUUUCAGUAUUUCAAUCAUUAUGCGAAAAAUGAGAACGCCUAUUUUAUGUGAUGAUAGUCUGUCUCAUUUUUAAUCACCUAUCUUAUAAGAUUAUCUCCAAAAUAGAUGUUGUUUGAGUUGAUAUAAAUUUUAUUUGAAGAUUUUAACAAAUGAUAAUCUAUUUAGAGGGAACAAUUAUAUGAGAAUUUCGUCAAAUUUUUAGUAUCAAACUCAUUGAGAUUGUGUUUUAUGCAGCAAAACCUGAAAUUGAUUAUAAUUGUAUGAAUUAUAAUCAAAUGUUAUGCUACUUAGUAAUGGAGAAAUUAUAUUAUUGUUCUAUAAAUAGAUCAGUUGUUUUUA